AUGCAGCGCCUCCUUUUGCUCCAUCUGAGGCAUCAACUGUCACUUGCACACGACUUGGACCAGGCAAUGGAGCGAAAGCUGAAAACAGCACCCGACGUCCCGAAAUACCAAUACGUUGCAUUAUGGUACAAGCACGGUGAACCACUGAUGGCCAGUUUCGGAGCGAAAAACCAAGAAAACUGUGGACCAGAGAUCGGAUCGUUACAAAUUUUGACACUACCUGAUCCAAGCUGUAUGGGUCUGGAGUACAAGUGGAUGACACUAGCUGAUGGGAGAGCUGAUGAAGCAAAAAAGUGGGAGCCAGUGCAUGUUGGUACCGCUGCACCGGCGGUAUGUGUAGACGAUGAUGGCGUUGAGGUGCUUGGAUGCAUGAAUUUGACAAAUGAGACAGCUUCUAUUGGAUUUCAAGGAAAGCAAAAG